CGCCAGCAAGGAAACAUGAUAGAGAUCUCACUGGUCAGUGUGGGAGCUGUGUGUCUGGUUGUUAUUCUGUUCAUGGUGCUGAACUGGAAAUCUGGUCAGAGGGACACACAUCCAGGGGAAAGUCAUGAAGGAAAUACGUCUGCAGGGCCUGAAUGUCGAUUUCCCGAGUGGCUCCAUCAAUUCCUUCCUCGCUCCUCAUCUCCCUCCCUCCCAGGCCCGCCCAGCUUCUUCCUCAUAGGCAACAUGAUGGAGCUGGCACACGAUCAUCUACCAAUUCACCUGAGCAACUUGGCACAGCGCUAUGGAAACAUUUACCGCCUUAAAUGUGGAAGCACAACUAUGGUGGUUCUGAAUAGUAGUGAAUUAAUAAGAGAAGCUCUGGUGAAGAAAUGGUCUGACUUUGCUGGGAGACCUGUUUCAUACACAGGUAAUAUUGUGUCUGGAGGAGGACGCACCAUCUCUCUCGGGGACUAUAAUGAUGAGUGGCGGGCACAUCGUCGUCUCGUCCACGGUGCUUUGCAGCGCUGCUGCCAUCAGUCUUUACAUGAUGUGAUUGAAAGGCAGGCCCUGCAUCUCAGAAAGGUUUUGAUGGACUACAAAGGGAACGCUGUGGAUCUCUCAGAGGAUUUCACGGUGGCGGCCAGCAAUGUCAUCACCACUUUGGCUUUUGGAAAAGAAUAUGACAAAAGUUCUGUGGAGCUGCAGCAGCUGCACAGCUGUCUGAAUGAGAUUGUUGGACUGUGGGGAUCCUCUUGGAUUUCUGCUCUGGACUCCUUCCCACUCCUCAGGAAAUUACCCAAUCCUGUGUUUGCCCGUCUUCUGAGAGAGGUGGCCAGGAGAGAUGAAAUUAUAAAAAGACACCUGAACAAUUACAAGUCCCAGGACAGAGAAAAUGAGGACGCCAUCACAGGAUCCCUCCUGCAGGGCCUUGAGAAACAACAUAAUACUGAAAAUGGAGGGCUCCUAACAGAUGUUCAUGUUCACAUGGCGACUGUGGACCUCCUCAUCGGGGGAACAGAGACCACUGCAGCCUGGCUGAACUGGACUGUGGCCUUCCUACUGCACAGACCAGAGGUGCAGACCAGGGUGUACGAGGAGCUGCGCACGGUGCUUGGGGGGCGGUACCCCAAGUACAGUGACAGACACAGACUUCCUGUUCUGUGCUCUUUGAUCAAUGAGAUACUGAGACUCAGGCCAGUUGCUCCUUUAGCGGUGCCGCACAGAGCCAUCAGAGACAGCAGCAUUGCAGGGUAUUUCAUCCCUAAGGACACAGUCAUCAUCCCUAAUCUUUUUGGAGCUCACCACGAUCCUGCGGUUUGGUCUGACCCGUACAGCUUCAAACCAGAACGUUUUCUGGAAAGAGGAGGAGGCGGCUCCACCCGCGCCCUGAUCCCUUUUGGAGGUGGGGCUCGGCUCUGCCUGGGGGAGUCCGUUGCCAAAAUGGAGCUCUUUCUGUUCACCGCCUACUUGCUGAGAGAUUUCCAGUUCAUCCCUCCUGAAGGCAAGGCCGCCCUACCUGACCUGAGAGGAGUUGCCAGUGUUGUGCUCAAGAUCAAGUCCUACAACGUUAUAGCCCGUCCAAGACCCGGGACUGAUCCCUGAUGAAUUGUAAAAUAAUUGCAGAACUUCCAUCCGUAUAUUUAUCUUCUUCUUUUUUGUAUUUGCAUUGUUGUAUCCUGAAGAAAAUAGUCAGUUGAUGGGGUCAUAACACAGAAGUUAUUAAAGUUAUUCAUCUGUUCAUCACUGAAUAACAUGUCUGAACCCAGGUCUUUAUUUCUCAUCUGAUAAUACUAAGUAAACUGCGCUGUGUGCUUAAUAUUUUCUUGAGUCAUAUUUUUCAGUGGACAUCUUUAAGGAAUUAUAAAUGUUAAAUAAUGAUUAAUAAAAUAUGAAUCAACCUUUCA